AUGAUAUCCUGGAAAGCUCUUCCAUUAGUUCUCGCCGCGAUAGUCCAGUCAGGACAUGGGCAAGACAUCUCGACGACUAACUUAGCGCCGACGGAAUGGGUUCAUCCUGGCGCAAUGAUCAGUCAAUCACAAUUGGACUUUGUCAAAUCUAAAGUGAACCAGCGCGAGCAGCCCUGGGCGGAAGCAUACGAUGCGCUUAUGGAAGACGAAUAUGUCAGUAACCCCCAGGCCCCAUCGCCGCAUGUCAUCGUCGAGUGCGGCCCCUACUCCGACCUGGAUGUUGGAUGCAAGGCGGAACGCGAUGAUUCCCUAGCAGCAUAUGCCAAUGCUCUGGCUUGGGCGAUCAAUGGCACCGAUGCAUACGCUCGCCAGGCGAUUCGGAUUAUGGACGCGUACUCCUCCACCAUCCAAGGCCAUAACAACUCCAAUGCACCCUUACAAUCCGGCUGGGUGGGCUCAGUGUGGGCACGAGCGGGUGAACUUAUUCGCUAUACGAACGCCGGGUGGUCGGACGAUGGUAUCGCACAGUUCGAGGAUAUGCUGCGUAACGUGUAUAUGCCACUGACGGUGAACGGAACGACUAACAAUGCGAAUUGGGAGCUAGUCAUGACCGAAGCAGCUAUCCUGAUGGCUGUAUUCCUCGAGGACGCUGACGCAUAUAACACCGCAAUGGGGUGGUUCUUGAAACGAGUUCCGGCUACAGUAUACCUGAAGAGUGACGGGGAGUACCCGGUCCAGGAUGGCCAGGCACAAGAGACAUGCCGAGAUCUUGAGCACACUGGCUACUCUUUUGCAUCCAUGGCCCAUGUAGCAGAGACCAGCCGCAUCCAAGGUACUGAUCUCUACGAAACGGACUUGGGAACGCGACUUCGCCAUGCGUUAGAGUUCCAUUCUCAGUUUGACAAUGGGAAACCGGUGCCUUCCUGGGUCUGUGGUGGAGAGCUGAAGUUAUCUCUGCGUGCGGUUACGGAAGUUGGGUUUAACGCCCUGUCGUUUAGAAUGGGAAUUGAUAUGCCAGAGACAGAGAACCUUACUGUGAAUCAGCGGCCAGCUGAAAACAAUGGUCUCUUUGUGGCAUAUGAGACGUUGACGCAUGCACAGAAUGAUGCUUGA